GUACCGCACCCCGGCUUCCCUGUGCAGGUCUUACACGACCACUAUGGCGCUAAACGGCGCCCCACAUAACGUUGCGGGUGAAAAGACUGGGCCCGCCACUGGCCCUCUUCCAAGCCUAAGCGACGAGACGAAGGAUGCUCUGCUAGGGAACGCCAACACGGAUGCAACAGGCCAGUCGGCGCUGCGCCGCGACGGCGGCGAGAAAGACGUGGGCAAGGAAGUUAAGACCGAAAAGGAGCUAGAAAAGGAGCGCAAGAAGGCCGAGAAGGACGCAAAGUUCAAGGCGAAGAAGGCAGCGCAAGCCUCCGGCAGCAGCAAAGAUGCCGCAAAAGCUGCGCCCAAGGAGAAGAAGAAAAAGGAAGCGGAGGUCCUGCCAGAGUAUGUGGAGGAGACAGAGCUAGGAGAGAAGAAGAUUCUCAAGAGCUUGGAUGACCCGUUUCACAAGGCGUAUAUUCCCAAGGUCGUUGAGAGUGCUUGGUCCGAGUGGUGGGAGAAGGAGGGCUUCUUCAAGCCUGAGCUUGUCGAUGGCAAGGUCAAGCCGGCAGGCAGCUUUGUACUGCCCAUACCACCUCCCAAUAUCACCGGGAAGCUUCACUGUGGACACGCGCUCGCCACUGCCCUUCAGGACCUCCUUGCUCGUUGGUAUAGGAUGAGAGGCUUCACCACACUACAUCUUCCCGGAUCCGAUCAUGCGAGUAUCUCGACACAAAGCGUGGUGGAGAACAUGUUGUGGCGAACACAAAAGUUGACGCGGAUGGACCUUGGCCGCCCCAAGUUUCUCGAGGUGACUAUGGACUGGAAGGAGGAAUAUCAAGCCAGCAUUCACCGCGUGCUGAAGCGGAUGGGCGGCAGCUUUGACUGGACCCGCGUCGCCUUUACCAUGGACCAGAAUCUUUCCGAAGCUGUUACCGAAACAUUCGUCCGGAUGCAUGAAGAGGGCCUCAUUUACCGAGCAAACCGCCUCGUGAAUUGGUGUACUAAGCUAAACACUACGUUAUCAAAUCUCGAGGUUGAUAAUAAAGAGCUCAGCGGUCGGACGCUCCUAGAAGUGCCAGGUUACGAACGUAAAGUGGAAUUUGGGGUGCUCACUCUCUUUAAGUACCCGAUUGAGGGGACGGAUGAGUUCAUCGUCGUUGCGACUACGCGUCCAGAGACGAUGCUUGGAGAUACUGCUAUUGCUGUACAUCCCAACGACGAGAGGCACAAGCACCUUCUUGGAAAGAAAGUUAAACAUCCCUUCGUUGACCGCCUGCUGCCGAUCAUUGGUGACGACUACGUUGACCCUGAGUUCGGUACCGGUGCUGUUAAGAUCACGCCUGCCCACGACCCUAACGAUUUUGCCAUCGGAAUGCGACACAACCUCGAGUUCAUUAAUAUCCUUAAUGACGAUGGCACCAUGAACGACAAUACUGGCAAGUUCUCUGGCCAGAAGCGAUUCGAUGCUCGAUAUACUGUUGUCGAUGAGUUGACGAAGCAGAAUCUUUUUGUCGAGAAGAAGGAUAACCCGAUGAAAGUGCCUCUUUGUAGCAAGAGCAAGGAUAUCGUUGAACCCCUCAUGAAGCCACAGUGGUGGAUGAAGAUGAAAGGGCUGGCCGAGCCCGCCAUCAAGGUUGUGCGUGAUAGGCAGGUUGUCAUCAGCCCGCCGCAAAUGGAAAAGAUUUACUAUCAUUGGAUGGAGAACAUCAACGACUGGUGCAUCUCUCGUCAGCUCUGGUGGGGUCACCAAAUCCCAGCCUACUUCGUCAAAAUUGAGGGCGAGGAAGGCGACCAGAGCGACAAUGAGCAGUGGGUCAUCGGACGAACAGAAGAGGAGGCACGAGAGAAAGCCGAGGCCAAGUUCCAGGGUAAGAAAUACACACUAGAGCGGGACGAGGAUGUGCUGGACACCUGGUUUAGCUCUGGCCUGUGGCCUUUCAGCACGCUUGGCUGGCCGAAGAAGACACUCGACAUGGACACUCUCUUCCCCACAUCCUUUCUGGAGACCGGCUGGGAUAUUCUCUUCUUCUGGGUUGCUAGGAUGAUUAUGUUCUCGCUGCAUCUGACUGGCAAGAUCCCAUUCUCGGAGGUUUACUGCCACUCGCUUAUCCGAGAUAGCGAAGGCCGUAAGAUGAGCAAGUCUCUCGGGAACGUGAUUGACCCUGUGGACAUUAUGGAGGGUGUAACCCUGGCGGAGCUUAACCAGAAGCUGCGCGUUGGCAACCUGGACCCUAAGGAGCUGAAGAUGGCCGAAAAGUAUCAGCUAAAGUCCUUUCCCCACGGUAUUCCAGAGUGCGGUGCUGAUGCUCUGCGUAUGGCUCUUGUUGGCUACACCACAGGAGGAGGUGACAUCGCCUUCGAUGUUUCUGUUAUUCAUGGAUACCGCCGUUUCUGCAACAAAAUUUAUCAGGCGACCAAAUACGUCCUCGGUCGACUUGAGGAUUUCACACCCCGCGCCACUAUCACGAAAUCCGGGAAGGAGUCAUUGCCUGAGCGAUGGGUCCUGCACAAGCUAUCAAUGGCCUCGAAGCAGAUCAACGAUCGGCUGGAGAAGCGGGAGUUCUCGAACUCCACACAGGUUGCGUACAGGUAUUUUUACGAGUCCUUGUGUGAUACCUACAUCGAGAAUUCCAAGGCGAUUUUCGAUCAAGAGGGCAACGAAGAGGAGAAGGAGAGCGCUAAGCAGACUCUGUACACUGCGAUUGAAGGUGGCCUGCUCAUGAUUCAUCCUUUCAUGCCGUUCUUGACCGAGGAGCUCUGGCAGCGGCUACCGAGACGCGAGGGCGAUAAUACCAAGUCGAUCACUAUCGCUUCGUAUCCGCAAUACAUGGAGGAGUUUGACGACGAAGGGGCGGAGGCCGAGUAUGAAUUGCUCGUGGGCUGCUCAAAGGCGCUUCGCUCCCUGACUGCUGAAUACGCGAUCAAAGAGUCGGCAACGACGUACAUCCAACCUCUCGACAACGUAACCCACCGUGUCCUCACAUCCCCGACUUCCCUCCCAUCCCUUCACGCUCUGUCCGGGAAAACAAUCUCCAAGAUAUCCAUUCUCUGCCCAUCCGAUGAUGCUCCAACUAGCUGCGCCGUCUACACCAUUGGUGCAUCAGCGACCGCCUUCCUCGAUGUCGAGGGUCGAGUGGAGGUUGAGAAAGAGAUUGCGAAAGCCAAAGACAGGCUGAAGAAGGCGACUGAGGUCGCGGAGAAGCAGAAAAAGAUGAUGCAGGCAGGUGACUGGAAGAAUAAGGCCAGCGAGGCCGUCCAGGAGAUGGAAAGAGAGAAAUUGAAGGCUGCCGAGGCGGAACAGAGGAACUGGGAGAUGAGUAUUGAUCAAUUCCAGCGGAUGAGUCUCGGGUGAGGGAGAACUGCGGUGGUGCCCAGGUUGAGAUUGAUGGGGCGGGUUGGAUGAGGUUUCCACUCAGGCAGGGUUUGCGAUGGCAUGUUUCCUACGCGUCCUUCAAAAAGGUAGAUAGAUUGAUAGAUUGAAGACUCAUGUCCUCAUGCUGAAUACUGACUGACAACAUGGAGCGUAAGCGUCACUAUAGCGCCUAUGUUCUAGUGAAAAGCAUUAUGGCAGGCAUGCUUAACUGAAGUAAUUUUCAAACACCGACAAAAGAGGAAUUGCAGUCCGCCGAGGGGGGCCAAUACGGAAGAUAGACACGCGUUGAAAAAUCAUUCAUUCCAUUUUGUAUCCAAAGCUUUGUAACCCUUCUAAUAUCAUGC